AUGGCCCCGUCGUCUUCAAGCACGGCAGGUCGGUCACCGUCAGCGUCAACUGCUCGAGUGGACAAGACCAGAAAGCAGGAAAAGAUAGUCACACUGAAGUUGUCGUCCAAGAUUCUGCGUCAAUUUCAGGAGCCUUCGGCAAAAGCAGAAGAGCAGUCCUCACCGUCGCCUACUUCGUCCCCUGUGCCUCCAAUUGAAGAUGAUAUCACGGUGAAAGCCCCAGAGGCCAUCGACAAUGCUUCGGAGUCCAAUUCAACAUCUGCACUAACUCCUUCGGAUCCAGCCGUCACCGACGGCCAGAAAAAGAAGAAAGGCGCUUCAGCAGGAAACAAGAGAAGCCUAGGACAAAUGAUAGAUACUGGUGCCUUACCAAAGCCACGUGGGAAGCCUGGCCCCAAAAAGAAACAAAGACUGGAAGAUGGAACCAUCGACGCCGCUGCCAACAAGGGCUCAGUCACUCCAGGUGCGGGUCUCGGCGGUCACAAGUUAGGGCCAAAAGCGAAUCAAGGCGCUAUUAACGCAGGUCUUCGAGCUCUGGAUAGAUCAGGCAAACCUUGUCGCAAGUGGGCCAAGAAGCCUUUCACCCUGAAGAGCUUCACUGGAGUUGCUUGGGAGCUCCCCUCCUGGAAGGGCCAUGAGAGACCGGCAGUCCUGAACGGUGAUGAGUCGAGUGAAACCAAAGACAUCUCCCUGCCGAGCAGCAGCGAUAUCAAGCCGAACGGAAGCGACGUCGCAAUGGAUAGCAAUGCUGGUGAUCAGCCCGAUGCCCUGGCCAUGUCCACACCAGCAGCAAGUUCUCCGGCCCCUAUGCCGUCACAAUCCUCAGCGAUCGCAGCACAAGGCUAG